GAAAAAAACGCCCCAAGGUUCUCUGGAUCAGGCGCAGCCGCCCCUGAAUUCAAGCCACUCGCCUAGGCCUCCUCAAGCGGGUCCUGAAGCGUUGAGAGGAGGUGGACUCGGCGGCCUCUAAACAGCCCAUCCCUAAGCAGGGGAGGGGUUGCAGAAGCUGGGAAGCAGAAAAUGGUUGAGGGCUGUCCCUGCCCUCGACAUCGAGCCGCCGGAGCCCUUCGGCUGGGAGGGGAAGCGAGCCGAGUGGGCAGCGGACCAGCGCUCCCUCCCGAGACCGUCCUCCUGCUCCCGUCAUAGGGCUUGUUAUUCUGUAGGCAGCGGCGACAGCGGCUGCUGCUGCACGAAGGCUCCCUGCAGGACCGCAAAGGGCCGGCAGCCGCGUCCGCCUCGGUAACAUGCAGCUGCGAGAGGAGGAGGAAGAGGAGGAGGAGCAGGCCAAGGUGUGAGGAGGAGCCGCGGCGGCCUCUGCUUCUGCUUUGUUUUGGUUUCGGACGUGGUUUUUUUUUUUUUUUGGUCUUUUCCGCCCUUUUCGUGUUUUGGCUCGCCUCGCAGGAGGAAGAAAAUGGAGUCCUUCCCCAGUAGCGAUCGAGUUCAGUUACCUAGAAAUAUGAUUGAAAACAGCAUGUUUGAGGAAGAGCCUGAUGUGGUUGACUUGGCUAAAGAGCCUAGCUUGCAUCCUUUGGAGCCCGAUGAGGCAGAAUAUGAACCAAGAAGUUCUCGUCUUCUUGUACGUGGUCUUGGAGAUCAUGAAAUGGAUGAGGAUGAAGAGGAUUAUGAAUCGUCAUCAGCCAAACUUCUGGGAAUGUCUUUCAUGAAUAGAAGUACUGGUCUGCGAAGUAAUAUGGCUGGUUAUAGGCAACGUUCAGAUGGAUCGUGUUCUGCUCCAUCCGUAAGGACCACAAUAAUCUGUGCAGUUGUUCUUGUGAUUGCUGUCUCCGUAAUAAUGGCGAUCUAUCUUCUCCCCAAGUGCACUUUUACCAAAGAAGGUUGUCACAACAAAAACCACACAAUGGAAGAUAUAUAUCCUUUUGCAACUAAUGGAAAACCAUUUCCAUGGGCUCAUUUUAGGCUUCCAGAAUUUGUUGUUCCAACACAUUAUGAUAUUGUUCUGCAGCCAAAUCUAACCACAAUGAGGUUUACAGGUUCUGUUCAAAUAACUGUGGAAGUUAUCCAGGUUACUAUGCAUGUUAUACUUCAUAGUUCAAAGCUUAAUAUUACCAAGGUAACAUUUGUUUCACUGGGUUCAAGCCAGCCAAAACCAGCUGAUUUCCUGGAAUAUCCAAUGAACGACCAGAUUGCAAUUAUAGCUCCAGAAGCUCUUCUUGUAGGACAUCAAUAUAAGAUCAGCAUAGAGUAUUCCUCUAAUUUAUCAGACACUUACUCUGGCUUUUACAAAAUUGCCUUUAAGAAUAACAACUCAACAAGUUGGCUUGCAGCAACUCAGUUUGAGCCCUUAUCAGCAAGAGCAGCAUUCCCUUGUUUUGAUGAACCAGCAUUCAAAGCCAAUUUUCAAGUCAAAAUCAACAGAGAAGAUCAACACAUUGCUCUGUCAAAUAUGCCAAAGAAAUCAACCAAUCUCUUGGCAAGUGGAUUAUAUCAAGAUGAAUUCUUUGUGAGCUUGAAAAUGAGCACUUACUUAGUAGCUGUCAUUGUUGGAAACUUCAACUGUACCAGUAAGGAAACAAAUGGGAUUCUGGUGUCUGUUUAUGCUGUACCACAAAAGCUUGGGCAGACUGAGUAUGCCUUGAACACAGCAGUGAAGCUUCUUGAAUUUUACCAGAAAUAUUUUAACAUAACAUAUCCAUUUAACAAAAUAGAUCUAGUAGCUCUUCCAGAUUUUCAGGCUGCAAGUAUGGAAAAUUGGGGUUUGAUCACUUUUCGAGAGACAGCACUCCUUUAUGAUGAUAAUACUUCUUCAGCAUUUGAUAAAAAGAGAGUGACAGCAGUUAUUGCUCAUGAGCUAGCCCACCAGUGGUUUGGUAAUCUGGUAACAAUGGAGUGGUGGAAUGACCUGUGGCUGAAUGAAGGAUUUGCUACUUUUAUGGAAAAUCUUGCCAUGAAGAUAGUCUUUCCAGAUUUGUAUACUGAUGACAUUUUUUUAAAUCUGCAAUUUAAGACCAUGGAAAAAGAUUCUAUGAAUUCAUCUCACCCAGUUUCCCUUCCUGUCAACUCAUCAGCAGAGAUUGAACAAAUGUUUGAUGUAGUCUCCUACAUCAAGGGAUCUUCUCUCUUGUUUAUGUUAAAAAACUAUCUUCAUAAAGAUGUUUUCCAAACUGGCAUUCAGAUCUAUCUGCAUGACUACAGCUAUAAUUCCACGUGCAGUGAUAACUUAUGGAACAGUUUGAAUAAGGCGACACAUGGAACCCCUGAUGUAAAAACAAUUAUGAACACUUGGACAAUUCAGAAAGGAUUUCCAUUGGUGACCGUCAAAAGGGAAGGGAAAAAAAUCAUCUUGAAGCAGGAAAGAUUUGUGCAUAAUACAGAACUGGGAGAUCAAAUCUUAUCUUCAAGUUAUUUGUGGCAGAUCCCUCUUUCUUAUAUCACAAACAAUGACAACUCAUCCCUCCCUUUGCAGACAUAUUUACUGGAUAAAAAGACAGGUGUAAUUGAGUACCCUCAUGAAUUAGAGUGGGUGAAGUUCAAUGUGAACGGAAAUGGUUACUAUAUUGUGCAUUAUGAUGAUAAUGACUGGAUUGCUCUAAUUCAACUACUGAAGACAAAUCCCAGUAUUUUUGAUCCCAAAGACAGAGCCAAUUUGAUUCAUAAUAUAUUUAUUCUGGCUGGGGUAGGAAAAGUCUCUUUGACCAUGGCUUUCAAUCUAACAGACUAUAUAGUGAAAGAAAGCAGCACGGCUCCAAUCAUGCAAGCUUUAUACCAAACCAGUCAUAUCUUCAAUUUAGUUGAGAAACGGGGAAUGCUGGAUCUCUCAGCCAGAGUGUUGUAUAGGAUUGAAAAAUUAUUUGGAGAGAAGAUUGAACAAGAAACAUGGAACAAUAAUAAGACCCUCUCAGAACUAGAGCUACAAUCAAGUCUACUAAAUUUUGCCUGUUCCUAUGAUUUAAGAAAGUGUAGUUCAAUUGCUUCUAAUCUAUUUAAGACAUGGAUGGACUCCAAUGGGACAGAAAGCAUUCCGACAAAUGUUAUGAAGAUCAUAUUCACAGCUGGAGCAAAAACUGAAGCUGGCUGGCAAUUUCUUUUAAAAAUGUAUUCUUUUGUGGAUUCUGAACCAGAAAAACUUGAAAUUCUUGAAUCACUGGCCAGCACAAGUGAUGUUAAAAAACUUAUCUGGUUAAUGCAAACAAGCCUGCAAGGAAUUGUCAUCAGAUCCCAGGAUCUUCCAACUGUCAUAAAAACUAUCAGUCAGAAUUUGCCUGGACAUUUAUUGGCAUGGGAUUUUGUCAAAGAAAAUUGGGAUCAGCUUAUCAAAAAGUUUCACCGUGGAUCAUACACUAUUGAAAGCAUUGUAACUUCAACAACGUGUCAGUUCUCCACACUAGAACAUCUGCUAGAGGUUAAGUCAUUCUUUGAAUCAAAGUCAGAGGAAACUGCUCAGUUGCCGUAUGUCCGAGAAGCUAUUGAGACAAUUCAACUGAAUAUUCAGUGGAUGGAAAAAAACUUGGCACUCCUUGAAAAAUUGCUAUAGUAAUCAUAAUUCUCUUAUAGCUUAUAUUAAUCACUAGGAAUGCUGCAACUCUUUGGUCUUUUGCUUUUGAAAAAAAAAAGUUAAACAUGAGCAAUGCAAUUUUUGUUUUUUGCACUGUGAGAGGGGGUUGUAGUUAGCUCAGGGUUAAUCUCUUCUGAAUUGGCUCUCUUUGGAGUAUUUGUGGACUGGAUAUAAUUGCUAAUAAGGGAAAAGCUCAUUUUGACCAGAUAUUUACAUCAAACAAGGAUACUAUAAUAACUUUUAAAAUUUAAGUACAGUUCCCUUUCAUUGCAGGAAAAUGGAAUUCCAUUUCUACUUAUAGAGUACAGUUUUACUUAAUGAAAAAACAAGAGAGCAAGACAAACACUCCUGAGACCUGCUUUUUCUUUGCAAAAUUCAGUUUGGUCUUUCUCACUGUGCAUAAUUUCCUGAAUUGUAAAUAAUGUCUCUGUUGUAAAGCAUUUUUAUCACCAUUAUAAGCAGUGGCUAAAACACAAUAAGGUGAAUAGGGGAAGUAAAAAGUAAAAUUUGGGGAGUUCUGGGUUGAUUUAUCUAAGUAUUUUCUAGAAAUUAUGCAAAUACCAGAAUUUUUUAAUUUGUCUACAACAUGGCUAGAUGUUACUAGUACAGUGUACUGAAUAAGUUAAAUUACCUUUUGUAAACAUAAGUAAAAUGUUAAGAGAGUUAUGCUGAACCUGACCAUAGAGGUUUUCAAAAAGGUUAUAAAUGAAAGGUUAUAAAUUAUAGGUUGGAGAAUGUUUUAUACAGUUUUCAGAGUCCAGUUUUGUUUCUCUUGAUUUAGCUGCCUAAAAGUAUGUAAAACACUGAUUCAGCAAUUUCAGAAUUAUUGGUUUGGGAAUUGCCUGGUUUUAAUUCCUAUCAAUAUUGACCUGAUGUUUCCCAUUUUUCUGUACUUAGAUAUUUCUGAAACUAGAUCAUGCCUGUGCUUUGACCAAAGUAACUAUUUGUUAAAUCAUGAGACAUGCUGUUUGUGUCACCCAUCCUUGUUCUAAAAUAUUUCAUUGAAAAUAAAGCAUGCCAUAUUAAUAUAAGAAAUUAUCCCGUACUUGUGAAACUCUUCUACCCUUUGCUGACUUUUAUAGUAAAAUAAGAAAUUGGUAUUUGAGACAUUAUUGUCAACAAUUUUCUAUGGUAUCCAAUAUAAUUCUAAAAUCCCCCAAUAAAAUAUUACAUUAUAAGAAAAAUUGAGAGAAAUAAAAACAGUUGGAAAAAAAAGAAAUGUGUUGAUUUAGGCCAGUUUUCCCAACUUGAUGUUUUUAAAAUGUUUUAGAAUUAUAAAUUCCAAAAUACUUAGCUAUCAUGUUGAGAUUUUCAGUUCUGAGAUUUGUAGUUCCAAGACAUCUUAAGGGACACCAGAUAGGUAGUGCCUUUAAUCAGCUAUAGAGUACUCUUAGUUUCUAAAUUUUUUCCUAUCAAAGCAGAUAAUCUAAGAUGCUCUUUCUUCAAGCAUAUGUGAACUUGGAAAGGUAUGGAUCCAAUUUGAUGCAGCUUUUGAGACAUGCUUUUUUCUCAGGAUGGGGGGUUGGGGGGGAAACCCAGUUUUCCCGGAAAUGUAUAUAGAUUCUACCUUAAAAACAGUCAGAAGAUUACUACUGAUUUUAAUUCAUUUUUCAUGGAGGAUUACAUACACUGGAACAUUUUAGAUCUCAUUAUUUCUGUGCCAUAAAAUCCAAUGUUUCAUAAAUCAGUAUUAGGUAGUGUAUUUUCUUUCUUCAUAGUAUUCCAGAAAUUGAAUAUAAGUGUGGUAAAGCUGAUAUGACGUUUGUGUUACAAAUAAUUCAAAGUGAAGGACAUUGCUGUAGAAUAUACAAAAUUCAGUGUUUGAAUCACUUUGGGGUCAAUAAGAAAAAGACAGUUUUCUAGAUUAAGAGAAUCAUUUGAAACCAAUUCCGCUUAAUUAUGAAUUUAAUGUAAAAACAUAAACUAGAUCAGUUGUUUUCAAUUAUAUUUCAACUAUAUUGAAAACAGGGAAAGAAAAAAAAUCUAGUUUUAGUACUUCUGAUUCUCUAAUAUACUGUUUUCAUUGCAAGUGAAUAGCUCAACUUAAUUUUGGUUGAAAAUAACUCAUCUUGAUACCCCCAAAAUUGAAAAUUGUCUGACUUCACAAUGUGAAGAACAUCUAACCUGAUUUCUCUCAUAUGUUUUGUUUGCCACUUACAUUUUUGUAUAUUCCCUCCCUCCCUCCCUCUGCUUUUUUGUUAGAUCAUCUGACACUUAAAAUCAUAUGUAGUUGUAUUUGCUACUGGAAAUGUGAACUUGACUUGAAAAUGUAGCACACAUAUGUUCUAAAUUAGAAUAUUUUAUUUUAAAUGAAAGCACUGAUAUUUUGAAAAUACUUUCAAUUAUUUAUCUUUUUUAAAAUAAUUGCGGCUUGGUUUUGAUUUACAUUUGAUUAAUUGUGCUUACAUAGAGAAACAUAUUUAAAAAUAAUAGUGUAUAGAUUUGGGAUUUGGUCCUUAUCAAAGCACUUAGUAAACUGAUUUAUUUCCAACGAAGUUUGAUUUCCAACAUUGGAUAAUCUGGAAGAGUUGGGUUUUCUGAAGAAUUUUGUGUAAUAGAAUGAAAUGCUUUUAUCCAGUUCAAAAAUUAGGGGUGACUUUAAUAGAAUAGAGAAUUUUCUACUAAAUCAAGAACUAAUUAAAGUAAGUUGAACAUCCUCUAUUUUCUUUAUGGCUUCUUAACUUAGAAAUGCCUGAUUCUAAAUCUUGAUCAAAGCUUUUGUGCUGUUUUGAAAUCUUAACAUCUUCUACAUGUAUCCUGUUGGAAGUGGCAGUGUAUUUUGUUUUGAUUUUUCCUCUCCUAAAAUCCCUUACUUUACUAUAGAAAUACAGUGUAGAAUGAUACAAACUAUAUACUGUAUGUCCAACCCCCCAAUUAGGUUCAAAGUUUUCUGUAAUAGAUGAGAUUGGUAUUGGGGGAAACAUGAAUGAGAUCAAUUGGUUGUGUUUUCAAUCUGUUUGAAAACAUAGUACACGUGCCUUAAAGUAUAAGUAUAGUAAAAAAUAAAUAAUGGAAGUCUAUUUUUCUUAAAAGCCUUUCAUAGUUACAAAUCUCCAUAACUUUGAAGAUUAUUGAGAGCAUGCCUUGGGCCUCCAAAAUCUAAUAUUAGUUAGUUGGAUAACAUGGAAAAUUGUUGAACAAAAAGGUUUUCAGUGAAGGAAAACCUUUUUGUUCAACUUACCAACAUGUCGGUUUGAAUGUUUAAAAAACAAAACAAAAAAAAUGAUUUUGGUCUUUGUAGCCAUGAAUUUCACAGAACUUUAAAUAGCCAAGGGCAUUGAAUAGGAAUGGCCAGUUUCUUUUCUUUAGUGUUAAGAAGUGUGUAUACUUAAAAUGCACAUGGGGCAUUGUGUGUUUUUCUAUAUGUUUGCAUUGAAGCAUUUUAUUAACGAGAUAAUUAAGGCUUAUCCCAAUAAUCUGGCUUUGUGGAUAAAAUUUAUAGCUCUCUAUAUUUGAAGUACAUCUUUUAAGUCGACAAACUUUGGAGAAAUACUCAAUUAUUUGCAUCUUGAAUAUGUUUAUAUAUACAUGCAUACCAAUAUAUGUGUGUAACACAGAUAACUUUUCUGCCUAUUUUAUUUCACAUUGAACGACUGGGCCUGUCCAGUAUAUCAUCAUAAUUACUCCAAAAGUUAUAGUUGUGUUUCUCAAAAACCAUUCUUUUUUCAACAUGUUUGGGGAGAAAAUUAUUAGAUACAUACAAUGGGAGAGUCACUAUAGUAGCUAUAUUUAAAUUUUUUUAAUGUAAAGGAAAAUAUAGUUUUAUCCUGUCUCCACAUAUUAGAUUUUGGAGGCCCAAGGCAUGCUACCAAAAGGCCAAAUAUAACUCUUGGUCCCAAAAAUAAUUGAGAUAUUAUGUACACAUGUAUGUGCCUCUUUCUCAAAUGUUGAACUGGAUAUGGGGAAGGCAUACAUUAAGAAGAAUAGGAUUGGUAAAUUUGUUCUUCUCUCUCCAUAUAUAACUGUAUGCAUAGAGUUCAGCAUAUAUAGCAUAAAGUUUACUCCAAUAUUUAAAAUCAGUUUUUGUUUUCUUUGAAAUAGGUGCCAGACGUAAAACCCAAAUCUGUAUUCAUCCUAGAAUUCAAAAUUAUCAAGUUUGAGCAUUACAGUUUGUUUUCUUCUGACAUUGGGAGACAAAUUUCUCCUGUGCCAUUUUGUGAUCUCUAUGGAAUUUUGGGGACAAAAUGCUAUGCAUAGUAAUCUGUCAUUUAAUUUAUGGUUUUGGAAUUAGAGUGUUCCAAAUAAUAUUUUUGAAAAGAUAUUCCAUUAUGGUUGUUGUAUGGGUAUGUGUAAAAGGGCCUUAAAAGUGCAGGUUUCAGCUAUAAAUUUGUACAUCUGUAGCCAUAUUGUGGCUGUAAUUCUGUCAAAAUGAACACAAAAUAAUCCAGCCAUUUGAAAUUGCCCAUCCCCAAAGUUAUAUUUUUUUUACUUCAAAUAAUGAAACUGCUUUAUUUUUGAAUGCUCUCAAAGCUACUACCUUUUAACUGUAAUUUAACUGUAAAUGUAAUGUUAGUAUCUUUAUACAGCUGUGGGAGAUGAAAUUCAUGUAAUAGAUCUUGCUGCUUUUAAAAAAGCCUGCUCCAUCACAGGUGAAAUUGGACAUGUACUGUGAGGCUAAUACUUGAAAGAAUGUGGCCUUAUUUUAUUUUAAAAACAUUGUGUUAUAUAGGAUGCUGACCCAUAUAUAUUUAUAUGACUGUCUUCCACCUGUUCCGUGUUAGAACAAUCCUGCCUCCAAUGAUAGACUGGUUUUUAAAAAUCCUUCUGGAAGAUGUUAUCUUUCACUGCACUCUGAACUUUUAAAAAUUGCUUCAUUUAAGAAUACAUUUUUGUACAUAUUUCACUAAUGGUUGGCCUCAUAUCAAUGUUUAGAUAUAUGCUACUUAAUUUCCACUUCAAAUGCUAAUUGAUAGUCUUCCAAACAUGCAUAUAGUUCUUAAAAAAAUGCUUGCUGAUGUUUUAUCCAUUAUAUGUUUAUAAUGUUUUAU